AUGCUCGCCAAGUUAGUUAUCAUUCUAGCCUGCGUUUCUUUCGCCUUAGGCGGAGCCCGAAACCGAAAACUAUAUGGCCCGCAGGAUUUCAGAGCGGGUGAAAAGAUCGUUGGCGGCAGCCCGGCUGCACUUGGAGAAAUCCCAUGGCAGGUUUCCCUACAGUACGACAUCGGCUUCGCUUUCUGUGGCGGAAGCAUCAUCUCAGACAGAUGGAUCCUCACCGCCGCACACUGCUCAAUCAAUCUAAGCCCGAGUGAAGUUCGCAUCAUUGUUGGUACCCUUGAAAAGGACAACCCUGGAGCCGUGCACGAGGUCGCCAACAUUACAAUAAGCCCAAAUUUUAAUUACUUCACUCGUGCUGGAGAUAUCGCCUUGUGGCAGACGACCGUUCCUAUUGUCUUCAACGCCAAUACGUCCGCCGCCGCACUAUCCUCAGUCACCCCGGCCACAGGAGAAUUGACAACAACGUCUGGCUGGGGCGACACAACCGAAGGAGGAUCCGCCUCUGAUGUCCUUUUGAAGGUGGACGUGCCCAUCUUUGACUACGACCAGUGCAAUGCUACCUAUGUCGAUUUCGGCGGCGUGCCCUCUGACCAGAUCUGUGCCGGCGUUCUCGAGGGCGGCAUCGAUUCGUGCCAGGGUGACUCUGGCGGCCCCCUCUUCUUGGCUGGUGGUGGCGCCGUGGUUGGCGUUGCCUCGUGGGGCAAUGGCUGCGCCAACCCUUUCUUCCCUGGCGUCUACACUGACGUCGCACAACACCUUGAUUGGAUCAGGUCUACUACUGGUAUUUAAAAAGUGCAGAAAAAAUGUUAAAUAAAUAAUAAAAUGUUUUUUUGCUGAA